UCCAGACUCGACACGCACCCAAGCCGGCCGCUCCGGCCCGAAGUCCGCCUUUCGGAGUCUUGGUGCCGGACUCAGAGGCAAAGUGAGUCUGAGGCCAGUGGAUGAGCAGACAGAAGCUGAAAGAUCCCCAAAAAGGAUGCGUGAGAGGACCUCUCAGAACUGGAGCACGGGCCCCUGGCUGCUGGCACUUUACCUGGCCUGGCUGUGGACCCUCCUUGCCUCAGCUUCCUUGCAGCCGCCAACUCCCACAGUCCUUGUGAAGCAGGGCACCUGCGAGGUUAUUGCCGCUCAUCGCUGCUGCAACCGGAACCGCAUCGAGGAGCGCUCCCAGACUGUCAAAUGCUCUUGCUUUCCCGGCCAGGUGGCCGGCACCACGCGGGCAAAGCCCUCCUGCGUGGACGCCUCCAUCGUCCUGCAGAAGUGGUGGUGUCAGAUGGAGCCCUGCCUGCCGGGGGAGGAGUGUAAAGUGCUCCCGGACCUGUCGGGAUGGAGCUGCAGCAGCGGACACAAAGUCAAAACCACCAAGGUCACAAGAUAGCUCCUGGGGUCACGGUCUGGACAAGACAGCUUGACUGAGCCCUGGACUGAAGAAUGGUAUCGUUAUCAGCCAGCAAACAUGGAGAUUCACUUACCUGGACACACGCCCUGUGCCAAGUGCAAGAUCACUUUUUCCAGGGACAUUUCAACUGAGUUGCUCAGCCGAUAAGGACGGAUCUCCGGCCACAUACCUAGUGUUGUGCUGGGUUCUCCUGGGGGACCCAGAAGAAGGUCAAGAUACCAUCCCUGCCCUUGAGGGAUGUCCAGUCAAAUUGGAGAGUUGUGAAAGACAAUUGAGCUAAUUUAGGUUAAGACACUGUGUGCGGCUUCCGGGUCACAUGCUGUGGGCCUGUUGGGGGUGCGAGGGUGAGACUCCCACAGCCCUUCAGCCACCUCCUCGCCACAAGGCAUGAAGACAAGAGGUCACAUCCACCCCCCUCCACUUCCCUCCCUCACAUGGGUCUGAACACCCAGCAAGCUGCCAACAUGCUGAGGGGAAACCCCCUCCCCUUGAUGAGAGACCAGCUGUAUCUCAUUUGCAUGGGACCGGGUUGACUUGGGGAAGGAAAGCUGAGAUGAAGCCAGUCAACUUUCCAGCAAAGCUUCUGCAGAGGUGUGGCCUGGUUUGGGCUAUUCAUUGGGUAUGGGACGGACAGGACCUUAAAAUUACCACCAUCCAAGCACCUCAGGUUUUUGUUUGUUUGCUUAUUUCAACAGAUGAGGAAGCUGAGUCCCCGAGACUAAGAUGAAUUGGUCAAGAUCUCCCAAUUUGGGCUCCCAAAUCUCUCAGACCUUUCACUUAGCCUGGAUGUGGGAUUCCAACCUGGGCCUUCCAUGUUUGCAGGAACAGGAGCCUGCAAAGGACUGGCAGGAGAGCAGCACCAUUUUUCUUGGGAGACGCCAGAGCGGGUCCUUGUUAUUUGAAGUAAUCCAGAAUACCUAGAUGCUAGGAUGUGGGACCACCGGAUCUCCACUCUGCCUUCAGCCUCCAAAAUUACUAACAGCCCCCAUGACAGCCCAGAGGUCACUUGGCCCAGUUACACCUGAGACACUCUGAGCUGGCAGCCCUAUUGUCUAGGCUGACGCAUCCUUCCCCGAAUGCUUAGGCUUGUAUGUAACUCCCAGAGGCUCUGGCUUCAGGAGAGGCUCUGGGUGGAGUCCAGAGAUGGUCACAGUCCUCUCCCUUCAAAGGCCCUGCUGGGCAGUAGAGGAGCCCUUGCAGGGCUGGAUGGAGACUCUGUCCAGGAUUGAGGUUUGUCAGAGUCAGAAUGACACGCAGGCUUCAGAGACUCAGAGAUACGGGCUAGUUGGAUAUCUCAUCAGUAAAAGAAUUACAGGCUCAGUGACUGUGAAGAUGAGCUGGGAUCAGCUGGGAUCACCAGGAUCACAGGGCGUGUGUGGAAGGGAGUGGAGCUCGAGGGGAGGGGUGUCAGCAGAGACCAAUGUUGAAUUCUCCCCCCCAGAGGAUGGGUUGAGAGGCUCAGCCUCUCCCUGCUUCUUUCCCUUCUUCCCCAAGCAGCCAAACCAAGACUGUUCACCCUACCCGAGGGUUUAUCUUCGUGUUUGUAUUUAGUUCUGCUUUUGGUAAUGGAGUGGGAAAUGAUGCCAGCUUCUCACUAGACUGUAAAUAUCAGAACUCUGCCAACUUUGAAUCUCUGCACCUAGUGGUGUCAGGGAGUGGGGUAAGUGAAGGAAUAGGUCAGAGGUUGUCAUCACUUCCUUCAAGACCAGGGAAUGGAUUAAGGGACUGGCAAGUCUUCUGGAAAGGGCCAGAUAGCAAUUAUUUUAGGCUUUGCAGGCCACUGGAAGUCUCUGACCUAUUUUUCUUUGCUGCUGUUUUUUUUUGUUUUGUUUUGUCUUUUUAAAAAGCCUUUAAAAAAUGUAAAAACCAUUCUUAGCUCAAAAAGCUGUCCAAAACCAGACCCCAGGCCAUUUUUGGAAGGGUGCCUAUCCGAUGAAACUUUGAAGGCAGGCCAUCUCUGCAGCUUGGGAUUGCCUGCCAGCCUCCUGGCCUGCCUUGCCUGCAGUGGGAACCUGAGCAUGAGGGCUGAGUUGGGCUUUGUUUUUCUUCUAAUGUUCCUUGAGAGAUUGGUGAGUGAAUUAUUUAGGCUACAAAUGAGGCAGCUUUAGCAGAGUCAGACAAUAAGAGCCUGCUCUCCUGGAGACCAGGAGGGCUUCUCCACUCCCUCCCCAUCCCUUCAGACUGUGUCCAGGAGGCAGAGGGAGGGCGCCAGCCCCCUGCCCAUCUGCUGCAUCCACAAACGACUGGACUAUGAACCAAGAGAAUGGGGGUGAUUUUGUGUUAAAUUCCCCCACUGCCCCCACCUCAACUGCCAACUUCCACCUGCUCCUGCCUCACCCAAGGUCCUGGUUCCCUGACCCUCCCUGAUGUCCCUCAUCUCUGCUUACAGAAAAAGCCUCUUUCCUUUGGCAUAUGCUGGAAUUUGCCUCCAUUUCCUCAAGACCUACUCAUAUAUUUAUUUGGUGGGCUUUGAGGGGUGUCCCUUACACAGCCAGGGGAGCUCCACACAACACAAGAGGGUGUGGUGGAGAAAAGAAAGCCUCCCACUUCCAACAGUAGCUCCCUAGGGUCAUGUUUCCAACUAAGUCAAUAUUAGUGCACGUUUUGUAGCAACUUCAAAGGCAGUUUAGGAAUGCAAACUAAUUUUCCUGGAGCAUAGGGGUCCUGGAGUCAUUUGUCAGUGGGCUGGACUCUCCAGAUUCUCUCACAUUAUCUGGUAUCCUCACCUCCUCAGCUGUGAGGCCUUAGGAAGGUUGCUGACUACCAGAGAUCAUGUGGCUAAUUUCUGUGACCUCCUGGCAGUCUCAUUAAGGUCUGAGAGUGACAUCAUAAUUAAUGGUCCCAGACAGUUGCCUCAGGUUGAGGCUGAAGCUUCCUAAAAUCAUAAGCUUAGAGCUAGAAGGAAUUUUAGAGAUCAAUGAGGCAACUUUUCCAUUUGACAGAUUUGGAAAGGGAGGCUCAGAGAGGUUAGGUGAUUGGCUCAAAGUCACACAGUAUGUCCUACCCAGUGAUCCAGACAAGUGUUCUUUACGUGCCUCUGUACUCCAGUACAGAUGAGGAACCUGAAAAGAAGCCAGGAUUGUAGCAAGGAUGGAUGUGAAGGGGUCUUAUUCUAAAGUCUCCAAACCCUGUGAGUGCAAGGGGACAGAAUGAAGAAUGGGAAGCCUUUAGAGAAAUAUACACAGAAAGAGAGAAGUAAAGACAAAAAGGAGGGACUGGGAUAACUCAUUCAGACGAACAUCAAAAUAUCAAGGCACAGCACGUAAUAGAAGAAAACUGAUGCCACACCCAAAAUAGUUGAUUUUUGUCCUUUUUGGAGGACAUAGUGUGAAGGCCCUAUCAACCUUUGGAAUACCUGUGAAGCCAGUCUUGAUGACUUCUGGCUUCUUUAGAUUCUAGUGUGGUAGACUGCAAAACUAAGGCCCGUGGGCUGAAUUUGGCCCACUGACUCCUUUUGCAAAUAAAAUUUCAUUGGAACAUCA